AUGCUGGAAUCUCUCGAGGAUGCCAGGUUUGGAGACAGCACAGGGAACGAGUCCGAUGCCCACACCUUCUUCUCCCUGGACUACGAGCACGUCCAGGUACCUUUUGAGAUCACCUUGUGGAUCAUGUUGGCUUCUUUAGCCAAAAUAGCUUUCCAUCUGUUUGAAAAAUUACCUUCCGUCCUCCCUGAGAGCUGCUUAUUGAUUUUUGUGGGGCUCAUUAUGGGAGGGAUCAUUUAUGGCCUUAAUGACAAAUCCCCUCCCGUCAUGAACAGCGACAUCUUCUUCCUCUACCUCCUGCCGCCCAUAGUCCUAGACGCCGGCUACUUCAUGCCUAACCGUCCUUUCUUUGAGAACAUUGGGACGAUCCUCUUGUACGCCGUGGUGGGAACCAUAUGGAACGUCUUUGGGAUCGGCUUCUCCCUCUACGGGAUAUGCCAAGUUGACAUCUUCCACCUCAGCGAUAUAUCUUUGCUUCAUAACCUCUUGUUCAGCAGCUUGAUCGCAGCUGUCGACCCGGUCGCCGUGCUGUCAGUAUUUGAAGAAAUACACGUCAAUGAAAAGCUGCACAUUCUGGUGUUCGGGGAAUCUCUGCUCAAUGAUGCCGUCAGCGUGGUCUUAUACAAGCUCUUCCGAUCUUUCUGUGAAAUGCCGUCCAUCAAAACAACGGAUGUGUUUGCAGGCAUCGGGUCCUUUUUUGUGGUGGGCAUUGGAGGUGUCUUGGUAGGCCUCCUCUUUGGUCUGAUAGCAGCCUUCACCACCCGCUUCACCAACAAUAUCCGAGUGAUCGAGCCCCUGUUCGUCUUCCUCUACAGCUACUUGUCUUACCUCACGGCCGAAAUGUUCCAUCUCUCUGGCAUUGUGGCCAUCAUUGCUUGUGCGAUAGGCAUGAAGCGCUACGUGGAGGCCAACAUCUCUCUGAAGUCCCACACCACCAUUAAAUACUUCAUGAAGAUGUGGAGCAGCGUCAGUGACACACUUAUCUUCAUCUUCCUUGGCGUCUCCACCAUUGGUGACAAUCACGAGUGGAGCUGGCCUUACAUCUGCUUCACCGUCAUUUUCUGCCUCCUUUGGAGAGCUCUAGGAGUUCUUGUCCUGACUUUCAUCGUAAACCGGCUGCACGUGAAUACGGUGACAUCCAAGGACCAGUUCAUAAUUGCAUAUGGCGGCCUCAGAGGGGCCAUCUGCUUCUCUCUUGUUUUCUUGCUUCCUGACUUCCAAAGGAAGAAGCUCUUCAUCGCUGCAACCACAGUUGUGAUCCUCUUCACUGUGUUUGUACAGGGAAUGACUAUCCGGCCACUAGUAGACCUGCUAGAUGUCACCAGAAAACAAGAAAGCACCCCCACCGUGGGAGAACAAAUUCAUAUGAGGUUCCUGGAUCACUUGUUGGCUGGCAUAGAAGAUAUAUCAGGACACUGGGGGCAGUAUUAUUGGAAAGACAAAUUGGAGUACUUUAACAGCAAAUACCUGCAGAAGUUUUUACUCCGGGAAUACGCACAACCCAAGUCAAGCAUUGUGCUCCUUUAUGAGAAACUGGAGAGGAAGCACGCCAUCGAGUUAGCAGAAACAGGCCAACUCAUUUAUGGGCCGUCCCAUAAUCCACUGCUCCACCCUGACAAACCUGCCACCUCUGUCAUCGAAUCGGACACUCUCAGUCUCGAUGUGGUGGAUGAUAUUCAGAAGAUUUUGGAGAGGAACCUUUAUAAAACAAGGAGGACGGUGCCGGCCUACAACAGGCAUACCCUUCCUCCCGGAGAAAACGAACCCGUAGAACAAGCCAAGCAGAUUUUGAUCCUGAGACACAAGAGCUGGCAGAUGCACAUGAACAGCAGUGACUCGGACCACUUGAGCAAGGAGGGGCUUCUGGAAGUGGAAGUCUAA